CCUCGGUUUAAAUCGGAAAUAGGAAGUGAAUAUCAUCACCAUUUUCCGGUUGCUAAUGUUUAUUAUUUUCCUGCUUCAAUACUUGCGUCUUUUGCGCUUUUAACGAUCACUUACUGAGGUAGACAGAUUUCUACGAGGCUAGUGAAGUAAGCAUAUCUAGCAGGGAAGUUGUUAAUUUACUGGUAGAUAGCAAAUGUGCAACCAAUUGGCCUGCUAAGAUUUCGAAUGAGCUAUGGCAGACCCGGCUCGGAUUAAGACUGAUUCCAACUCUGAUAAAUUGGCUGCUGGAAAAAGUCCAAAAACCGAAGACUCUGAAGAAGCGCCCGUGCCGGAUGCAGACGCUGAAUCAAAAGAUCCCUCAUCACAAUCACUAAAACACGAACACAAACAGGAUUCUGUGGCUGGAGAUGAUGAUGAUGAUGAUGAUGAAGGAACCUCAGGUCAGCCUGUUUCUAAAAAGCUGAAAGUGGAGCCUGAGAAAAAAAAGGAGAAGCGCCAAAAGGUUGACGAGGAUGAGAUACAGAAGAUGCAGGUUUUGGUCUCGUCCUUUUCCGAGGAGCAGCUUAACCGCUAUGAGAUGUACAGACGCUCAGCCUUCCCCAAAGCUGCCAUCAAGAGGCUGAUACAGUCCAUCACAGGAUCCUCGGUUUCUCAAAAUGUGGUUAUAGCCAUGUCUGGCAUUUCCAAAGUCUUUGCAGGAGAAAUAGUUGAGGAAGCUCUGGAUGUGUGCGAGAAGUGGGGUGACACACCUCCCCUGCAGCCCAAGCACAUGCGGGAGGCUGUCAGGAGACUGAAAAGCAGAGAGCAGAUCCCCAACACCAAACACAAGCACAUCCUCUUCAACUGAGCCAAUCAGGUGUUGGAAAUUAGACAGGCAGAGCAAAGCUAAGGAGUUAGUCACAUUUAAGAGGGCACAUUGUUUCCAUUUCAACAUCCAUUGCAAUGUAGGUUUGCUAUGAAUGCACAUGCAGUGUACUGUUAGGGAUAACCCGAGUCCUCCUUUGUUGACAGUGGAAGGCAUCUCUUGGAUAUACAUGAUUAUCUGACACAGCGAUCAAGGUUCUCGUUGGAUGGUGUAAGAUCAUUAUUUGAUCUAGUGAUUUUAUAUUACAUAUUUCAACAAUUGCUAUAGCAUGAAACUUGGAAGUGUUUAGCAAACAGAUGUUUGGUUCAGUCAGUCAACAGACUUAACUGGUAUUUUUAUUUCAAUAAAAUUAUGACUUAUG